AUGAUUUUAGAUAUUAAAUCCAAAUCCAAAUCAAUCAAGUCAUUGUCGAGUGAUGAAUUCACUCCAACUUCAUUCACCAAUGAUUUAAUUGAAGUUAUCGCUAAAGAUAAUAAUUUGAAUAAGAAUAGAAUCAGAAUUACUUCAGAAAAUGAGAAGGGUAAAACUGUAUUAGCUAUUAACAAAACUUUCAAACAAUUAGGUAUUUCUGAUGAUUCACAAUUGAUUGUUAAGGAUUUAGGACCUCAAAUCGAUUGGAAAACCGUGUUUGUAAUUGAAUAUUUGGGACCAAUCAUCUUCCAUUCAAUCUUUUUCUAUGGUUACCAUUCAUUCUUUAAUGAAUAUCAAAACACCACAGCUCAAAUUGUUUUAUAUGAUUUAUCAUUAUUACAUUUCACCAAAAGAGAAUAUGAAACUUUAUUCGUUCAUAAAUUUUCCAAUGCUACUAUGCCAGUCAAGAAUAUCUUUAAAAAUUCAUUCCAUUAUUGGAUUUUAAAUGGUGUAUUAUGUUCAGCUUUUGUUUAUGUUCCAGAAACAUUGGAAUAUUCCAAAAACACUUUAGUUAGAUGGGCAUUUUCUAGUUUUGAUUGGUCUCCAAGUUUCAUUAUUCUUUGGAGUGUCUUAAUUAUUUUCUGUGAAUUUUCCAAUUAUUUAACUCAUGUUAAUUUAUCAUCUCUUAGAGAUAAAAACCCAAAGAAUUAUGAAAUUCCUUUUGGUUAUGGUUUCAAUUGGGUAAGUUGUCCAAACUAUUUCUUUGAAAUAAUGUCAUUCGUAGGAUUUUCCAUCUUAAGUGGUAAUUGGACAUAUAUCUUAUUUACUUUAGUUGCCAGUGUUCAAAUGUACAUUUGGGCUGUUGGAAAACAUAAAAGAUAUUUAAAGACAUUCGGUGAUGAUUACAAGAAAUUAAACAGAAAAGUUUUAGUUCCAUUCAUUCUUUAG